CUGCAGCAGCAUUGAAAUUGCAGAGAGGGGGAGAGAAAAAAAAAGGGCAGACUGGACAGUUGUUUUGCAGAAUGAGCUCGGUGCUUUCAUCGCCGAGGCUGCCAUAGCGGUUCCUCACAGAGCUUACUCCAGGCUUCUAUGAAAUGUGCAUCAAACGUGAAUUGUUUCCCGAUUCACUGAAGAGUACUGCUGGAGAGGAGUGGUCAGGGAUCAGUAUGCACUUUUAGGCUCGACGCCGCCUUGAACGCAGCACAGCAACAUCGCAGAGCCUCUUAAGUGCGUUUAAUAUCCGAAGUUGUGUCAAAGAGGGCGAUUAUUCGCAUCUGAUUGUUGCUCAACUAUCUGGAGAGGACUGCACACGGGCAAACGCUGCAUUGUGGCAACCAAGUCGCUGACUCCUGCGCGAGCAUUGCACAAUCUGUGCUCCCCAAAAUGUCAUCUCAUGCGAAAGUCAAGAAGGACAAAGAGAUUAUUGCCGAAUAUGAGACCCAAGUGAAAGAGAUCCGUAACCAGCUGGUGGAGCAGUUCCGCUGUCUGGAGCAGCAGUCUGAGUCCCGGCUGCAGCUGCUCCAGGACCUGCAGGAUUUCUUCCGCCGAAAGGCCGAACUCCAGCUUGAGUACUCCAGAGGCUUGGACAAACUGGCCGAGCGCUACUCUGCCAAGAUCCGCACCUCAAGAGAGCACCAUCACUUUAAAAAAGACCAGAAUCUUCUUUCUACUGUGAACUGCUGGUAUUUGGUCCUGGAACAGACCAGACGGGAGAGCAGGGACCACGCCACUCUCAGCGACAUCUACAACAACAACGUCAUUGUCCGUCUGGCACACGUGGGCGAGGAUGUCAUCAGACUCUUCAAAAAGAGCAAAGACAUCGGGGUGCAGAUGCAUGAAGAGUUAGUGAAGGUCACCAAUGAGCUCUACACGGUGAUGAAGACGUACCACAUGUACCAUACUGAGAGUAUCAGUGCUGAGAGCAAGCUGAAGGAGGCGGAGAAACAGGAAGAGAAGCACAGCGGCAAGGCCAACGACAUCGGUUCCAGCCUGCUGCGCUACGGUCAUGAUGAACGUCCACAGCGCCGGAGCUCCGUCAAGAAGAUGGAGAAAAUGAAAGAGAAGAGACAAGCAAAGUACUCUGAAAACAAGCUGAAAUGCACAAAGGCCCGGAACGACUAUCUUCUCAAUCUGGCAGCUACCAAUGCCCUGGUGGCCAAAUACUACAUCCAUGAUGUCUCGGACAUGAUAGAUUGCUGCGACCUAGGUUUCCAUGCAAGCCUGGCACGCACCUUGAGAACCUACCUGUCCGCGGAGUAUAGUCUGGAGACUUCACGCCACGAAGGUCUGGACUUGCUGGAAGGAUCGGUAGAUGCCAUGGACAACAGAGGAGACAAGCUGAAGUGUAUGGACACACACAGCCAGAUUUUCUGUCCUCCAGCACGCUUUGACUACCAGCCACACAUGGGGGACGAGGUGUGUCAGGUGAGUGCACAGCAGCCUGUCCAAACAGAGCUGUUGAUGCGCUACCACCAGCUGCAAUCUCGCCUCGCCACACUGAGGAUAGAAAAUGAAGAGGUGAGGAAGACUCUGGACGCCACCAUGCAGACCCUUCAGGACAUGCUCACAGUGGAGGACUUUGAUGUGUCAGAGGCCUUCUCGCACAGCCAAUCCACUGAGUCGGUCAAAUCGGCUUCCUCUGACUCCUACAUGAGCAAGGCAAACAUUGUGAAGAGACGAGCCAAUCAGCACGAGACUGAGGGCUUCUACUUCACUAAAUAUAAGGAGUUCCUGAAUGGCAGCAAUCUGAUCAUCAAACUGCAGGCUAAGCAUGACCUUCUGAAGCAGACGCUCGGAGAAGGGGAAAGGGCUGAUUAUGGGACAACAAGGCCCCCCUCUCUUCCCCCCAAACCCUCGAGAAUGCGGAAGUCUAGACCUCGCUCCGUUUUUUACCGUAAGCUGUUUAACGGCAAUAUGGAGGCCUUCAUUCAGGACUCCGGCCAGUCUAUACCAGCGGUGGUUGAGAGCUGUGUUCGAUACAUCAAUCUGUAUGGUCUUCAGCAGCAAGGUAUAUUUCGAGUUCCAGGCUCCCAGAUCGAAGUCAACGACAUUAAAAAUGCAUUUGAGAGAGGAGAGGAUCCUCUGGUGGAUGAUCAGGCCGAUCAUGACAUCAACUCUAUAGCCGGCGUUCUCAAGCUCUACUUCAGGGGGCUGGAAAACCCGAUGUUCCCUAAGGAGCGUUUCCUGGACAUCAUUUCCACAACCAAGUUGGACUCCGGUGCAGAGAGAGCUCAUCACAUCCAGCAGAUAGUUGUGACUCUUCAGCGGCCUGUGAUUAUCGUCAUGAGAUACCUGUUUUCAUUUCUAAAUCAUGUUUCUCAGUACAGUGAUGAGAACAUGAUGGACCCCUACAACCUCGCCAUUUGCUUUGGCCCCACAUUGAUGCCAAUACCAGAUGAACAGGACCCUGUGUCCUGCCAGGCGCAUGUUAACGAGAUCAUUAAGACCAUUAUCAUCCACCAUGAGGUCAUCUUCCCCAGCCAGCGUGAGUUGGACGGACCUGUGUAUGAAAAAUGCAUGGCUGGAGGGGAAGAGUACUGUGAAAGCCCCCACAGUGAGCCCGGAGCUCUUGACGAGGUAGACAAUGGUACCGGACCCAACACUAGCGAUGAAGAGUUGGAGCAGAUCGAGGCCAUCGCAAAGUUUGACUACGUUGGCCGCACUCCGAGAGAGCUGUCCUUCAAGAAGGGAGCCUCUCUGUUGCUCUACCUGCGAGCCUCUGAGGACUGGUGGGAGGGCCGACAUAACGGGGUGGACGGGCUGAUUCCACACCGUUACAUUGUGGUGCAGGACAUGGAUGAUGCAUUCUCAGAUAGCAUUCAGAGGACUAAUAGUGCAGGCAGCGGUGGACUACAGCACGAUGAGAGAGCCCCUUCCAGAAAUGACCAUCAAUCUCCAUGCGAACACACACCCGAGCGCCGCUUUGGAGCAGCGCUGGGAAGGGUGAGGAUGCGAUCAGAUGGUGCUUCCGGGUCACACCACAGGAACGGCGCUGACAGUCAGAGCCCCACCAGAGCUGCAGAUCACCCCCCUAAGGUUCUGCCUCGGCCCUGCAGCCCACACAAAAUAGCGGUUAGCAGGGGCCCAGCAGACAGUCCCGAGAAACGACGCCUCGCCACAUUUGGCAGUGCUGGCUGCAUCAACCACCCGGACAGAAAGGCCUUCCUGGACAGCCACUCUCAGCGAUCUUCACCCAGCACCACUCGGCACGCGAGUUUAGGAGAUCACAAAACCCUUGAGGCUGAAGCACUCGCUGAGGACAUAGAGAAAACGAUGAAUACUGCCCUCCAUGAGUUGCGUGAGCUGGAGCGACAGAAUGUAGCCAAACAUGCCCCUGACGUUGUCCUGGACACAUUGGAGCCCCUCAAACGCCCCGGGGGGGCGCAGGAUCCGCCCGGCAGCCCCCUCCACACCAUAGUGAUCAGGGAUCCAGAUGCAGUGCAGCGACGUAGCAGCAGCAGCUCCUCCUCCGAGACCAUGACCACUUUUAAACCUGCUAUAGCAGCACGUAGACCCAGUGCCCCUCUAAGGCCCCCGCCUGUCAGACCUGUUCGGCCGGCCCCUGUGAUUGGAGCGGGGCCAUACCGCUCCAGCAGCUCGAGCUCCUCUGGUCUGGGCAGCCCGGGCAUCACACCCACCGACAGGGUCUUUCCCAAACCUCCCUCCCCAUCACCUUCCACUUCCUCCUCUUCCUCAGACAAACAAGGUAACAUGUAGUUCCAGUCAGUCACAAGUCGAGUGGUUGAAGAACACUUUGGACACCGAGGGAUUGUGUUUGCCAUCACGCUCCUGCACCUCUUUUCGACAGCAAAACAAACUUUGUUGUCUGUAUGAUGAAUAUUUACCACUAAUCUUCUAGAGUGUAGGACGGCUACUGCUACUUUCUGACAAACUCUGGGCCAACACAUUACCUUGUUGGUGGACAAGUUGAUAUAGCGCAUAACAAUAUUACAGUAGAAUUUAAAUAAGACAAUUGUGCUGAGCAGACAUGCUGGAUAAAAAAAGGGAUGCACUGGAAAACGCUUCUGUUUACUAUAAUCUGACAGUGAAACAUCUCAAGUUAUUAGGUUACAAAUAUGCUGUGGGCUUUGACUUUCAAUCUUGUUCAUGUUUCAUUAUGAGGGAACACUUAUGGGUAUGUUUCACCACUAAUUGUGUAGACAUCCAGUCUGUGCUGGUGUUUCUUUAGUAUAUCAAAACCAUGACUCCUUGGCCACAUCGGGGCUGUUUCUGAGAUCACUCCAUUUACUGUAAAAUCUGGAACAUUGUACACCUACUGUAAGUAACAUUUAAUAAUGGAAAGAAAGUAGUGUGCAUGGCAUGUUAACUCUUUUUUACCAUCAAUGAAUUUACCACAAUGCAAUGCAUCAUAUUUUAUAGAUGCAAAAAUUACAGCUGUUUGGCACUGCACCUGUUAUGAUGCUGAUUUAUAAAUGUUUGAAAUUUCAAUGUAUUGUUCUCUAUAUGAGAGUGAUUUCAGACACAGCCCAUGCAUGGAUCAUCGGUAAAACCAGGGUAGAGUUGCAUUAGGUAGCAAAUCUUCUAAUGGCCACUACAUGCUGGCUUAAAGGUAAUUACAUCUGUAUUUGAGCCAAUAUUUAAAAACCUAAAAAACAAUGGUAGUAUGAAAAACAAGCUGGAAGACAGCAGUUCUUGCUACACCCCAACGACACACACAUAUCCAACCCAAGGACACUGAGUACAAAGGGCUGAAAGCUUUUCAUGGACCUCACCAAUUGUUACUUGGAUUGGUAAAUAUUUCAACAAAGUAAUUUAGGACAAUAAUUUGAAACAAGCUACUAAAAUAUUGUCUUUAACCUAAAUCAAAAAUAUACUCCCUUUCUGUCUUGAAAUUGUUGAUUACAGUUUUUCUACGAGAGAAAAAAGUUUGAAAGAAAAUGUUCCAUCAAAGCUUUCCAAGCAGCUUUGUCCUCAGAAAAAUGGCUCGGCUGCAGUCUGACCAAUCAGUAACCCGUUUGACCUGCAGUCGAAUUUUCUCAGCAGUCGACUGUUACAAACUCUUUGUAACUCUGAUAUUUGAUCAUUAUUUGUGUUUGCUGCACGUCAGUACUGGCAAGCUGUUCAAAAAUCUAUGUCUUAUGCCUGAUAACAGGAGAACAGUAUCACAGCCAAAACUAUAUUUUUCCUUCAUUCAUUAAUUUCAGAAAUAGGUCAGUGGAUGGCAGAGGUAGACCAGGCUGCAGGGCCAGAGUAACACAGAGAAUAUUGACUAUUAUCGUUGACAUUAUAGACAUGCCACCCAUAUGAUUAAUACAAGGAAAUACAAAUGAAAAUCAUAAACUGUUCUUAUAUUAUAGUCAUCUCUCUUUAUAAAAAGAUUAGCUGUGUUACCUCAAUAAAAAGUAAAAAAGUUCUCCUACAAUUCAAGUGGCUAAUGCACUUAUAAACAGUACAGGGAACUAUGCUGCAUUUGUAGGUUAUGUGUAUUCAUUUGAUGAAGUUGUACUAGAAAUAGGAUAUAGCACAUCAGUACCAUUCAAGCUUACAUACUGUCUAGAUUGCACAUGGUCAGUUCAGGCUGUGUGGGUGUUUAGAUGAACUUGUUUACUGUUGGUGGUGUUUGUUGUCUGUCCUAUAAGGAUGAUCAAUAUAUCUUUAACGUGUAAUAGGUACAUUGGAUUGAAUAUAUACAUACUUCUAAAGGAUACUUGUAUAAAUAACAUUGUAUAAUAGGAACAGGAUAUAUUAUCAUGUCUAGUCUGUAGAUUUUUGUAACUCUUAUCCUUGCACAAACAUUAACAAAACAAUAAAUUGGUAAAACGUCA